CUGCAGCAAUCAAUAGUCCACUGUUCAUGUGCUCAGGGCUGCAUCGUAACCAUAAAAGAGAAGGAACUAAACCCCUUUCACAACUUUUUGCAGGUUUUUGCAGGUAGUUUUUCAGUUAAUGACAGACAGCCGAGCCGACCCGUCGGGUUAAAAAUAAAACUAUGAGGUCAGUUUGUUGCGCGCCUUCAAGCUGAGGACUUGCUGUAAGCAAGCAGGUGGACAGCUCACUCUUUGUGAAGGUGUAGCGGAAGCCUCCAAACAUGCCGUUACCCCCGCCACCUCCACCACCGGCGCCCCCUCCACCACCACCUCCCCCGCCACCCCCCAGCACUGCCCCUCCGCUAUUUCCAGUAGAGUCUCCUAGAGUCCAAUCUAGUGGAGGAGGUGGCAGGAUUGCUCUGUUAGCCGACAUCCAGAAGGGAGCCAGGCUCAAGAAAGUUACGCAGGUCAAUGACCGGAGUGCCCCAGUUGUGGACAAGCCCAAAGCUACAAGCGGAGACGUGUCCAACAAUGUUGGUGCCGCUCAGGGUUCAUUUGGAGGCACAGCACCCGUUGGGCCAUCCUUAGGUGGGCUUUUUGCGGGGGGGUUUCCAAGCCUAAGGCCGAUAGGGCAACGAGACUCGGCAGGCAAGACGCCAGUGUCCCGCUCGAGCUCCUCAGCUUCCCUCAAGCCGCUGUGGAACACGCCCGCUUUGGCCGACUUGAUCGGCCCCCUCGGAGAGGUCGGCCACCGUCCGCUCGCCUCCUCCUCGGCGCCACCCUCCCCGACUCACGGCAGCAAGCAUCUUGGUCCUCUCCCCUUGGACGCGCCCCCUCUGCCGACAACACCCGCACCUCCCUCUGCACCUCCUCCUCCACCACCCCUACCCCAAGCCUUCCACGACCGCCCUUCCAGCAAGCCUCCGCCCUCCUGCCCACCCCCUCUGCCCCCAUCUCAGGUCACAAAGCCCACCUGGCUCCCCAUCCAACACCACCAGAACGCCACCAACGGCCAACUCUCGACGCCACCCCCUCCUCCACCUUACAACCCUCCCUCUCUCCCUGGGGACCGCUCCUCUUGGGCCUUCUACCCUCUACCGCCCUCUGUUUUCCACUCUGAACCUGCAAGGUUUCCCAUUCUGCGUGACUAUAGCCCUCUAGGACCCCCACCCACACCUCCCCCUCUCCCAAGUUCAUACACCCCGAGCUGCCCAUCCAGUCUCCCGCCGCCCCCGCCCAGAAUUCCUGCAGUGCCUUCGCCGACCAUACGUUUUCUCCCGCCUUCAUACCCCUGCAACGCUCCAACCAGACGGCCACCUGCCGUGCCUAGAAGUGCAGGUGCCAGUCGUCUGGCUCCUCCUCCAGCUCCUCCGGCACGUUCACCCUCCACUGAGCUGUCCAGCCGAAUUCCUCCCCCUCCGCCGCCACCUCCCCUGCCCCCUUCCGGUGUCAGGAAUGGACACCUGCACAGUCUGGAUGACUUUGAAUCCAAAUUCCAGUUCCACCCUAUUGAAGAUUUACCUCCUCCAGAUGAAUUCAAGCCUUUCCCUCGCAUCUACCCAAGCAAAGAAAACAGAGUAAACCCUGCCCCCCAAGGGAUAAGGUCACACCUCAGAUGAGCUUCAUCCCGCACAAUUCCUGGAUACAAAGGUUAGGAAACCCUUGACAAUUACACAAGAGCCAAGGACUUUCAGUUUGGAGGCAGGCAUUGUGUUUGUGUGUAAAAUGUACCUCGUACUACAGUGUGUGGCCUCUGACCUUUUCUGGACUGGAAUGUUUUCAAUGUGAGUGAGAGGAGGGCUCUCCCUAAUCAUCGUCAUGAGCACAUACGCACAGUCUCUGGUGACUGCCUUUCAGGGGCUAUUCUGGACAUUGUUUCUCUGAAACGGUUUGAGCAUAUCAUCAUGUGCACAGGAAAUGAGUGAGAAUGAGACUGAUCUGCACAGUGGCAAAAUCUGCAGACAUUUUAAACUGAUUAUAGCUGAUAAAGACAUACACUAUGUGAUUGUUUACUAGAAACUAUUUUAAUAAUGUCAUUCUUCAAUUUUAACACAACCAAGUCUGCGUGAUUUUGGAUUCUUGCUGUGGUCAAUACUGUUGUAUGACAGGCUUUUCUAACAUAUUUGUGAAAUAGAAGUACCUUUAAUUGUAGAAUGUGGACUAUAAGUGGACUUCUACUGUGACUUUAUUUACUUGAUAUAAGGAUUCCUCUUUCAAAUGUACUAACCAGACCUGUGACAACAGUAACACCUCUUGGCCAUCAGGUGGUACUGUAAAUC